GCGCGUCGAGAUCUUGAGCGAACUAGUCGCGAAUCGGAAUUCGAAAUCGGCGUCGGAGUCGGAGAGUACGAGCGAAAGCAAAGUCAAAGAAAGAAAACGUAAAAUAUGCGCGUGCCUGUUAGCACACUCUCACACACAUUCAUAUGUGCUACAUACUUGCAUACACAUACAUGACAUUUAUUUUUGGUGCUCUUUACGCGCGCUCUUGUGUGUGUGUGUGUUGAACUUUCUUCAGCUGCUGGGCGCUCGUAAAUGUAAAUGUGUGUUGUUGUUCUUGCCGUCGUUGUAGUUAUUUGACGAAAGUAGCUAAAGCAAAGUGCAAAAGCUUCUGCCACAGCAAAAGGCAGCAGGUUUCUUGGCAGACGUGGCACAUAUAUAUAAUAUAAAUACUACUCGGCAAUAACAAACGUGAAGAGUGGAGAGUAGGCAAGUGUUAAAUGAAUGAAGUAGUUAUGCAAAUAUACACAUAUUUAAUGAAAAGUGAAAGUGCGGUGCAUAAACAAAAACAAUAAUAAUAAGGCACAAUAAAAAUUCUCACGCUGCAACAAUUGCUGUUUACAUCAUGUCCAGCAACGGCAGCGGUAGCGGCGGCACAACAGUGCAGCGACGCAAAACGACGCGCUCCAAGUCUAAGCAACAGCAGCAACAACAACAACAAUCAAAUGUUGCGGAAAACCUUAUCGAAAAUCAAAAUGCCAGCAACGAGCAAAACGAAAGACUUCACUUUCGCAGCCGUUCAGCAACCUCAGCGACGACGUCAGUCACUUGCAAUUCAACUUCACCACUGUGCUGUAACGGCAUGCUGCCCACAACAUCGAACAUGUUCGACUGCUGCCGCGACAUUAACUGCCAUCUGAAUACGCCUCUAGCGCUGCCGUUGCGCGGCAGCGUUGAGCACAGCCGCCGUUCGAGCAGCCGGCAAUCUUUUCUCAGCGAUGUCUCCAAGUCUACGUCUGCGUCGACGCUGGCAGCGACGCCGACACCAACACCAACAGCAUCAUCAGCAGCUCCCACCUCGGUUGCGUCUAAAAAGUCGCGUUCGCGUUCGAGUUCUUCUGGUUCGUGUGACAACGACGACGUGCACAAUGCAAAGAAGCGCGCUGCCAACGCAGACAGUGCCAUGAUCAACACAACAUCAGCAGCAGCAGCCUCAACAGACCAAUUUACCGUUAGCUUGCAUAUUGAUCUCUUUACAUGGGGUCUCUUUCUGUUGGCGUUCUUCACGCGCUUCUAUAAGCUGGCAACGCCACCAAAUGUUGUCUUUGAUGAGCUGCACUAUGGCAAGUAUAUAGCUCACUAUAUGCGCAACAUCUUCUUCUUCGAUCAACAUCCGCCACUGGGCAAACAACUGAUCGCGGGUCUGGUGAGUUUUGCCGGCUACGAUGGCAAUUAUACGUUUCCUCGGAUUGGAGCUGCUUAUGCCUCUAAUGUACCUAUCUUCUGGCUGCGUUUCUUGCCCGCUCUUUGCGGCAGUCUCUUGGCCCCCGUUGUCUACAAACUGCUGCUGGAGGCCAAAAUGCGCCGCUGGACGGCUGCACUGGGCGGUCUCCUCAUCAUUCUGGACAAUUCACUGCUGACACAGUCACGUUUCAUUCUAAUGGAAUCAAUGCUGCUGCUGGCCAGCACCGUGGGCAUUACUUGCCUGCUCCGCUUUCAGCGCUGCUCCCUCGGCAGCCUUACUUGGAUAAGCACGGGAGCAGCGGCUGCCUUCAGUCUUGCCUGUGCCGGCUGCGUCAAGUACGUUGGCUUCCUGGCGCUGGCACUAGCAGGUUAUCUGCUCUGUCGUCAUCUCUGGAAUCUGCUCUACGAUGCGACCUUGUCAACCCGACAGCUGUGGAUGCAUUUCUUGGGCAGGCUGCUGCUCUUCGUGGGCAUUCCGCUGGCCGUCUACCUGAGCAUCUUUUACAUUCACCUGCGGACGCUGCACAAGGCGGGACCGCACGACAGCAUCAUGACGAGUGCGUUUCAGGCCUCACUCGAUGGCGGUCUCGCCUCGAUCACACAGGGACAACCACUGGCAGUUGUCCAUGGAUCACAGAUCACGCUCCGACACACGCACGGACGCACUUGUUGGCUGCACUCGCAUGCAGCGGUUUAUCCAGUGCGGUAUAAGGAUCAGCGUGGCUCGUCGCAUCAACAGCAGGUCACCUGUUACUCCUUUAAGGAUGUGAACAACUGGUGGAUUGUUAAGAAGCCCGAUCGCGAUGAUCUGGUUGUGGGCGAAAAACCGGUGGCGAUACGACAUGGCGAUAUCAUUCAACUGGUGCACGGCAUCACGAGUCGCGGCCUCAACUCUCACGAUGUCGCUGCACCGAUGACACCGCAAUGCCAGGAAGUUAGCUGUUACAUUGACUACGAGAUCAAGAUGGAAGGCGAGUUGCUGUGGCGUGUGGAGAUUCUCAACCGACAGACGGAAGGCAAUCGCUGGCAUGCCAUCAAGUCCGAGAUACGACUGAUUCACGUCUCGACAGGCGCAGCGUUGCGCUUCAGCGGACGUCAGUUGCCCAACUGGGGUUUCAAUCAGCACGAAGUGGUUGCGGAUCGUGAGCAGAAUCAUCAGGAUGCGAUUUGGAAUGUAGAAGAACAUCGUUACACCAAGACUCAGGAUCAACGCGAGCGUGAGCGACAGUUGCUCUCGGCGGAAAUGAUUCCCACGAAACGCACAAAGCUAACCUUCUGGGCCAAGCUGCUGGAGCUGCAGACGAAAAUGUUCUGGCAUGCCAAGCAGGUGCAGAGUCACAUGUACAGCUCGCAGCCGUUCGAAUGGCCGCUGCUCGACAAGGGCAUUGCCUAUUGGCUCGAUGCCAAAUCCAAUGCCCAGAUCUAUUUGCUGGGCAAUGUGCUCAUCUGGUAUACGGCCAGCAUUGGACUGCUCAUCUAUUCGGCGCUGCUUGUCUUCUAUGCGAUAAGACGACGUCGCCUGUGCUUCGAUUUGACGGGCAGCGAGUGGCAACGUUUCCUCAUUGCCGGCGACACCUUCUAUGUUGGCUAUCUGGUGCACUAUUUGCCCUACUUCUUUGUGGAUCGCACGCUCUUCCUGCACAACUAUCUGCCCGCGUUUGUGUUCAAAAUACUUCUGCUGUGCUAUGUUGUCGAGCAUCUGGAUUAUUUGCUGCGACGCUACUGCAGCGGACGUGGCGCUGGACUGCAGCAUGUGGUGCGCAUCUAUCGCCUUUUGUUGAUUCUUUGGCUGCUGGCCGUCUGCUUCGUCUUUGUCAAGUUCUUGCCCUUGAGCUAUGGCUCCAAAAAGAUGACCGCUAAGGAAGUCACGAGUCUACGGUGGAAGGACACCUGGGACUUUAUUCUGCAGAAAAAUUCUGUCCUGCACUGAGCCCCUAAACCUAUUUAUAGUCUCCUUAAUGUACCAUAUAUGUUCGCAUACUCAAGCAGCUUGGCUGGAGCCAGGCCAUGGCUAAGUUGU